UGUCCAGGCUGCACGCUCCACUCCCGGCUGGUUUUUCCCCGUGCGCGGCUACGAUUUGAAACUUUGGGGCGCCCCGCGCUGACUCUCGUUGGCCUGGCCCUCGCGAAGCGGUGCUGCAGUUGAGGAGGGCAGAGUGGACAGUGAAAGAGAGAGAGAAAGGUCUUCCUUUGCCGUUGGUUCACCCUCCAGUGGCCACUGGCCACAGUGGCACCGCGCUGAUCUGAAGACAGGAUCCAGGAGGAGGUGAAGCGGCUGUGACGCACGGAUGCUGCAGUGCAGGGCUGUGGGAGGAGAGAGCUGCCAAAGUCAUCACGUGCCACGUUUUUGUCCUGGAGGACCGUGCUCCCGGCCCGUGGGAGAGGCACAGGAAGGACCAUGGAUAACAAGACCCAGGAAGUUGGUGGCGUCCAUUUCCCGUUUCCCUUCACGCCCUAUUCUAUCCAGAAGGACUUCAUGGCAGAGCUCUACAAGGUGCUGGAGGCUGGCAAGAUUGGGAUAUUUGAGAGUCCCACGGGCACUGGAAAGUCCUUGAGUCUCAUUUGUGGGGCCCUCUCCUGGCUCCGGGACUUUGAAGAGAAGAAGCGCCAAGAAGAGGCUCGUCUGCUGGAACCUGGAACCGACCCCUUGCGUGGCACGGGCAGCUCGUCCUCACUUCCGGGCAGCCCAAGGCCUGCGGGAGAGCCAGACUGGGUCACUCAGUUUGUGCAGAAGAAAGAAGAAAGGGACUUGGUGGACCGAUUGAAGGAGGAGCAGGCCAAGAGGAGGAAGCAGGAGGAGCGGCUGCAGCAGAUCCGGCGCAAUGCGCAGCUCAGGGCUGCAGCCCAGCGCCGGAGACAGGAAGAAGAGGAGACCGAGAGCCUCCUGCGCCUCAGCAGGGAGAUGCUGGCGGCAGCUGGCGCGGAGCCGGCGGAGCAGCUGGAGUCCGGGGAGGAGGAGCUGGUGCUUGCGGAGUACGAGAGCGACGAGGAGAGGAGGGCCGCCCGCGGAGUGGAUGAGGAUGAGGAGGAAGCCUUGGAGGAAGAACACAGAACUAAGAUUUAUUACUGCAGUCGGACGCACUCCCAGCUGGCCCAGUUUGUGCGAGAAGUACAGAAGAGCCCCUUUGGCAAGGAAACCCGACUCGUGGCCCUCGGCUCCCGGCAGAGCCUUUGUGUGAACGAGGACGUGAAGAGCCUGGGUUCCGUGCAGCUGAUCAACGACCGCUGCAUGGAGAUACAGCGCAGCAAGCACGAGAAGAAGAACAAGGUUGAGGAGGAGCAGCCGAAGAGACGGCGGCGGGAGAGCCGGGCUGCCUGCCCUUUCUACAACUACGAGCAGUUGCAGCUGCUCCGGGACGAGAUCCUGCUGGAGGUCAAGGACAUUGAGCAGCUGCUGAGCCUGGGGCAGGAGGCCCGGGCCUGUCCCUACUACGGCAGCCGGUUCGCCAUUCCUGCCGCCCAGCUGGUGGUGCUGCCCUACCAGAUGCUGCUGCACGCGGCCACCCGGCAGGCCACGGGCAUCCGCCUGCAGGACCAGGUGGUGUUCAUCGACGAGGCGCACAACCUGAUCGACACCAUCACGAGCAUCUACAGCACUGAGGUCGGCGGUUCCCAGCUCUGCCAGGCCCAUUCCCAGUUGCUACAGUACAUGGAACGAUAUGGGAAGCGUCUGAAGGCCAAGAACCUGAUGUACAUUAAGCAGAUCCUGUACUUGUUGGAGAAGUUUGUGACUGUGCUGGGGGGGAAUGUUAAGCAAAACCCCAAUACACAGAGCCUCUCGCAGACAGGGACGGAGCUGAAGACCAUCAACGACUUCCUCUUUCAGAGCCAGAUAGACAACAUCAACCUCUUCAAGGUGCAGCGGUACUGUGAGAAGAGCAUGAUCAGCAGAAAGCUCUUCGGCUUCACAGAGCGCUACGGGGCCGUCCUCCCGUCUUCCCGGGAGCAGCGCAGGCUGGCAGGGUUCCAGAGCUUCCUGCAGAGCCUGCAGCCCGGGACGCCUGACCCUCCUGCAGCCACUGAGGAGGACCCGGCUGGGGCGCCGCGGCCGGCCUCCCCGCUCAUGCACAUUGAAGGCUUCCUCGCAGCCCUCACCACAGCCAACCAGGAUGGCAGGGUCAUCGUGAGCCGCCAAGGCAGCCUCAGUCAGAGCAGCCUCAAGUUCUUGCUACUCAACCCAGCUGCACACUUCGCCCAGGUGGUGAAGGAAUGCCGGGCUGUGGUCAUCGCGGGGGGCACCAUGCAGCCGGUGUCUGACUUCCGGGAGCAGCUGCUGGCAUGUGCUGGGGUACAGGCUGAGCGAGUGGUGGAGUUUUCCUGUGGUCACGUGAUCCCUCCAGACAACAUCCUGCCCCUGGUCAUCUGCACGGGACCCUCUGGCCAGCAGCUGGAUUUCACGUACCAGAAAAGAGAGCUGCCUCAGACGAUGGAUGAGGCAGGUCGCAUUCUCUGUAACCUGUGCAAUGUGGUCCCUGGAGGGCUGGUCUGUUUCUUCCCCUCCUACGAGUACCAGCGUCAGGUCCACACCCACUGGGACAAGAGUGGCCUGUUGGCCCGCCUGGCCAUCAGGAAGAAGAUAUUUCAAGAACCCAAGAGAGCAAGCCAGGUGGAGCAGGUGCUGCUGGAAUAUUCCAAGUGCAUUCAGUGCUGCAGCCAGGCAGGAGGCGUGCUGACCGGGGCCGUGCUCCUCUCUGUGGUUGGAGGGAAGAUGAGCGAGGGGAUCAACUUCUCUGAUGACCUCGGCAGGUGUGUGGUGAUGGUGGGCAUGCCGUACCCCAACAUCAAGUCCCCAGAGCUACAGGAGAAGAUGGCCUACCUGGACCAGACCCUCCCCAGAGCCCCAGGUCAGGCCCUCCCAGGGAAGGCUCUGGUGGAGAACCUGUGUAUGAAGGCCGUCAACCAGUCCAUAGGCAGGGCCAUCAGGCACCAGCGGGACUUUGCCAGCAUAGUGCUCCUGGACCAGCGGUAUGCCCGUCCUUCUGUCCUGGCCAAGCUGCCGGCCUGGAUCCGAGACCGUGUGGAGGUCAAAGCUGCCUUUGGUCCUGCCUUUGCUGCCGUGCGGAAGUUCCAUCGGGAGAAGGCUGGCCUUCCCUGACGCUGGCUGCACGCUUGGUGCUGUGAAGCCAGGGAUCCUGUCCCAGAAGCUGGAAAGGGCGCCCAGAACAGCUCUGCUAGAACCCCAGGUCCAGGCUUAGCCAGAGAAGCCGCUAGAACAGGUGGCUCCUGGCUGUGCUGGGACUGUCCCUGGAGCAGACUUUCUCCCCAUUCAGCAAGGCCAAGUCAGGCCUCUGCCUGUCUGCAGGAGGCUGUGGGACCUUGAAUUAAAGGUGUUUGCAGCCUCUGGCAGCCAGAUGGUGGCCCCUGCCCCCACAGCCUUGUGCUCUUCCCAGCACCAGAGCAAAUGCUGAGACGCCUUCUAUCCUGAGCCCGGAGAGAGGGCCUCGGGCUGCAGGGAGAUACUGCGGUGUUUCUGUCUAUGUCCUCCACAGCUGCGGUUCCUUAAUAAAAUGUGUGCUCCUGGUUUGCACU